UGCCGGGAGCGAGCGGCUGAGGCGGGGGCUGUGCUGGGGUUGCGGUCUGUGUCCGGGGGUUUCACGUGUGGCGAGACCCCGCUCCGCAGCCUCCUGCCGCCGCUCCUCGGAGAGGGGCUCGGGGCUCCGGGCGUGGGCCUCCCGGGAGGCUGCGGCAGUGGCGAGGAGCCGGGGAAGGGGGCACCGGUGCGGUGCUGUCGCGGUCCCGCUGCUGUGAGGCGGUCAGUCUGCGGUGGCGGGACCCCGCGAAACGCCGCCGGCGCGGGCAGGCGGGGACGCCGCCGUUGCCUGGUAGCGGCCGCCUCGGUUUUCCCCUCGUCUCCCCGCCUCUCUGCUGCCGGCCAGCGUGGGGAUGAGGGCCACCGACUGGUGCCUGAGCUCGGCAGGGGCUGUCCUCGUCCUGGCCACCUCCAGCGACGAGCAGCACCCCGCCGAGAACGUCGCGGACGGAAGCUCAGAAACGUUUUGGACAACGACGGGCAUGUUCCCACAGGAAUUCAUUAUUGGUUUUCCUCAACGUGUAAAAAUCAGCAAAGUCACAAUCCAGUGCUAUUUGGUGCGGACUUUAAGGAUUGAAAGAAGCAUAUCUAAAGAUCCAGUAGAUUUUGAACAGUGCAUAGAAAAAGAUUUGCAACACACAGAAGGACAACUUCAAAUGGAAGAAUUUCCACUUCCUGAUUUCCAAGCCACUUACUUGCGUUUCAUCAUCAAAUCUGCCUUUGAUCACUUUGUGUCGGUGCACCGAGUGACGGCAGAGGGUACAGCUGAGAACACUUAAGUCCAGCUUAAAUUUGUACUUCUUGUUUUUUAUAAAGAAAUUUCAUUGUGGUAUCUGUAGCACAGAGAAAACUUUUAAAUUUUUAAUUAUUAAAACCUUGUAUUAAAGUGUUUGUUGAAGGUAUGGAUGUUGUAUGCCUUCCCCCGUCCCCAGUUUAAUGUAUGUCAUGCAGUACUCCUGUUAAUUGUAGUAACAGCUUUCUGGUUUUAUAACCUAGAUUGCUACCUUAGAACACUUGAACAUAACCAAGUCUGUUUAAAUAAGUAUGUUUUAAUCAGGCUUUCUUAGUAUAUGAAUUAAAGCUCUAAUUUCCUCUAAAAUGUUUGCCUUGCACUCAGAGUUAUAUAAAUAAAACCCAAGUGUGAAAUAGUUAAAUGGGAGGUAUUGCUUCCUAUUGCCAAGCAGGUCCUUCAGAAGUUCUUAAGUCAGUACCUUUCUCAUCAACUCAAACUGUUCA